CAAGUAACAGGCAACUUCAAGUGAAUCAGAAAGUUUUGUUACUUAUAAAGAAAGUGUUUUUUACUCAAAGAAAUUUAAUCUCCUGUUAUUGUUUUGUUAAUUUAUUUAAAUACGUAAUGUCGACGAAAUCCUCCGUCGAUUUGCGAGCAGAACUCGCUGAAUUAGUCAAGCGAAAAGCUGAAAUAGCUGAUACUCUUGCCAAUUUAGAACGUCAAAUUUAUGCGUUUGAGGGUAGUUAUUUGGAAGACACGCAAUUAUAUGGUAAUAUAAUACGUGGUUGGGAUAGAUAUUUGGCCAGCAACAAAAAUACCAAUAGUAAAGCAGAUAAACGAAAUAGGAAAUUCAAAGAAGCAGAAAGGCUUUUUUCAAAAUCAUCAAUCACCUCUAUGGCAGCUGUCAGCGGACUGGUCGAAAAUACCCAGGAAAAAAUUGACCGAUACAGCGAAUCGGAGUCACAGAUUGGCAACAGCGGUAGCGAAGACAAUUGCAGCCUUGUUAAUUCUCAUGGAACAACCCAGAAUAGUAGUAGCAGCAAUGGUAAUAAGGAAUCAAGUGGAAAGAACCAUUCUUUAUCUGGCCAGUAUAAUCAGAACGGAUCUCUCACAUCUUCCACCGAGAUUUCUGGACAAUUUGCAAAUGGACAUGCGAGCAACGGCAGUCUCGAGCAUGUCUCCUUGAAAGAGAAUACUGGAAAAGAACCCUCGAAAAACAAAUCUGGAAACAGUGCUAAAAAGAACAGUAACAAGAGAUCUAGGAAUAGGUAGAAUACCAUCAAACUGUUAUCAUCGCUUAACCGACCAUCCGUGCAGGAUUGAACAAACUUGUUUCUUUCCUUGUGUCUCACUUGACCCUAUCAAUGUAUAAGAUUUUACUGUUUUCUCUUUUCUUCUUUCUUUACAAUAACUGCACUAUGAACAUUGAUUUUUUUUAUAAAAAAACAUACAUUAGCAAUAAGAACGUUAGGAUUAUUUAGGAGAUACAUAAAAACUGAACGAUGGAGAAGAUCGAUCACCACGUUUUGCCACCACAAGGCAAUUAUUCUUUUUGGUCUAAUAUUUCAGGAAUAAACAGACCAAGUUAGAAGGCGACGAAUGUAGUAUUAUAUCAGACUAAUAGUUAGGGAUAAAAAGAAAUCAAACAUUAAGAACUCGGAAAUGUUUUUUAUAUUAGUCAGUGGAACAGUAUCUAUUAAAUUUAAAAGUAUAAUUAUCACAUUGUUUUUAGCUUUUAUUCUUUUCUUUCAUGACAAAUACAGCAUCUGUUGCCAAGUAUUAGAAAUAGUCAUUUUUAUGUGAUUGAUCUGUUCUAUUAUUAUUAUUAUUAUUAUAAAAGACUACUUUAUAGACUGUCAUUUCUUCUGUAUAAAGCUCUCUAUUCUAUCAUAGUGUAAAAUACAAAGCAAAUAGAGUAUUGAAACUUAUAGCUGUAAAAAAAGAAAAAAAAAAAAAGAAUAAUGAU